AUGCUCAUCGGCGUGCUCUCCACCGUCCUGGGCGUUCUGGCUGGGAGAAUGGGCGGCCUCGUGCAAGUCGCCUACUCCAUUGCGGGCGGUUUGGGCGGCCCUAUUUCCGGAGUUAUGCUUACGGGUGUCCUCUGCCCCUGGGUCAAGGCUGUGAGCGCCAUUUCGGGUUUCCUCUGCGGUGUCGCCCUCAACUUGUGGAUCGUGAUCGGAAACUUCUUGUACGCCCCCCCGACGCCCUUGCUGCCUCUCUCGACCGAGGGCUGUCCCGGGGCCAAUGCCACCACCACGCCCUUCACGUCCUCCACGGCCUUCGCGACGAGCACAGCAGAUCCAGGACCUUCUGACCCCGCGGAGGUGUUCCCUCUGUACCUCCUCUCCUACUGCCUGUUCGGGGCUAUUGGAGUUCUCAGCACGAUCGUCUUGUCCAACCUUGCCACCUGCGUUUUUGGUGUGUCCGAAAAGUCAGACGUUCCAGAGAAAACAGUUAACAAAACUAGUCUAAAAAUCUUCCACUGGAUGACAUCAAAAUCGGACAGUUCCGCCCUCAACGCUGACACAGAAAACGGGAGUAAGCUGGGAGACUUCGAUAUUUCCAAGGACAGAAUCACGACGAACAAACCAGAUACGUGUACUGGUGAAAAGAGUGGUAUAGACAAUCCAAUGACGGUUGACGAUUCCAUAUGAAUAAUCAGUUUUUUAUUUAUUUAUUUAUUUAUUUUAUUUUUAAGACUGAGACCUCAAGUGAUUAGUUUCAACCAGAGUCCUGUCAGAAUCAUGAAACUUUUCGAGGCCAGUAUUACGCCAGUAUUAAUACAAACGACAGUUAUACUAGCUAGUGUUCGAUUGUUUCGGAGGAUAAUGAGAGGUUGAGAUAUUUGUUCUUUGCCACCGCUUGAAGCUAGCAGUGGUAAAGAGAUACGUUACUAAUUAUUCUGGCCAACCACCAAGUGACGUCACUGAUACAGGAAUGAACGGUAUUCAUUGUGGCGAAUGUAGAAAAGGGCAUGGGCGAGAGUAAAUAUCUUGUGCUGUGAAAAUAUUAUCAUUCUUGUCUUUCUAUGGACAGAUGAUGAUAGAGGAACUCUAAUUUUGGUUGUCUAUUUAUUUAUCUAUGUCUAUACAUGUGGAUAUACUAUAUGCUUACAUAUAAGCGUGCGCGCUCACACCCACACACCCACACACCCGCGCGCGCGCUAUCAUUUAGCGGGAAAAGUUAUCGUCACAGCAUUUCCUGAAGCUCGGGUUUUUGGAUUGUGGACUAUUGGCAGCCCCCUAUUUUUUUUAUAACUGCUUUUAAAUAUUCGGGGCCACCAGGAAAAUACGAGUCACUGUUGGCCGUAUCUGUCGACAUAGGGCUGCAUCCUUGCCGCAGUGUAGGCCUACAUCCUAAUAAAGUAACCAAACUUAAACCAUGCCCAGGCAAGACAAGGAAGACGUCUACGGAUACUGAUACACUUAACCAGCAUGUUGCCGGUAGGAACCCAUUUAUUGCAUCCAGUAAAAUCAAGAAAAAAUACUCAGAACCUCUAAAAGAUGUGAAAGAACGAACUAUGCGUGACCGCCUCCAUCGUGACUUGAAUCUGCCCGCGCGAAAGGCCACACCAAAACCUCUUCUCAGCAGAGUGUGAAGUACAACAGACUGAUGUUUUGCAACCAUAACAAGAGUUUGACUCCGGAGCAGUGGAAGAUGGUCUUUUUUUUUUUUUUUUGUUCGAAAAUACCAUCAUAUGUGUAAGAACAACCUCGAAAACAGUGUGUCGUCCAUAUGGAAGUAACAUAUUACACUGACAAGGUAGUAAGAUCAUCUGUGCUGGUCUGGGGUGACUUUUUGUGGUUGACAUGGUGCUGAGGACCUUUUUUCACCACAGAACACAACGAUACAUGAUGAUUUUUUUUUUUUGCAUGCGCUGAACGACUAUAUGCACCGGUUUUUCGAACUAACCAGGUGGCAUGUUCUUGCACGAUGGAGCACCUUUCAUCAGGUACAAAGAUGUUUGGGACUGGUUGGCAGAGACUGACAUGCCUGCCAUCAAAUACCUGGGCGUACACAAAGAACGGACUAUGGGACAAGAAUACAAGUAAAGUAAACUUCUAUCGCCGACACGAAGCGUGUGUGUGUGUGUGUGUGUGUGUGUGUGUGUGUGUGUGUGUGUGUGUGUGUGUGUGUGUGUGUGUGUGUGUGUGUGUGUGUGUAUGUAGGUGUGGGUGUGUGUGUGUGUGUGUGUGUGUGUGUGUGUGUGUGUGUGUGUGUGUGUGUGUGUGUGUGUGUGCACAUAAGUAAGUUAUCUGUCUUAGUACUCGUAGUAAGUACUAUGAUGAAUAGGUUAUUUUUGAUAUGCUUUCCCAGUGGAUCAGGCAUUAAGACAUUAUUUGUACAUGACAAUCGAUUGAAUAUAUAAUGAAUAUUGAAUAAACCAUAUUUAUUA